AUGGCAGUCAGAGCCGCCAUCAAGAACUUAACCAACAGUGGAGUAUUUACUGAUGCCAUCAAAGAUUGGAGGAAGAUGAGUGAUGACGCCCAAACCAUGGACGCCCUCCAAACACACUUCACCGAAGCAGACAAGGAAAGACGUCGCAUCCUCACUACCAAAGAAGUAGGCUAUGCCAACAAGGCAAGCAUGAAGCCCGUCAACGAAACGGCCAACAAAGUCAUCAUGCACGGCAGUGGCACAGUCAUGUACUACUGCUGA